CGCUCACCGUUCUCGAUGUCCUCGCAGUGGGGGGAAUCCUGCUCGAAGCCACCAGACACGAGGCAUACCCUGAGAGCCAGAGCGAACGGACCUCGAUUCUUUUUCUUUCAUCCGUAUAUCGCACGUGUUGUCUCUGUUCUCCGUGAUAGCCCGGUUACAGACACACGGUGGCAUAUCCACGACAAAACAUAUUUCGCCGGGAUAUGCAUUCCUUCGAUAGAAUUUGAAUCUAAAGCAUCGGAUAAUAGUGAUUGUUUAGUGUGCCAGAAGCGGGACCAAGUGGUGAUAAACGAAAACAUUAAAAGAAAUGCACGGGUGCGUGUUGCCGAUUCGCUGACGAUGACACGACGACGACCACCGAGAUCAGAUUCAAACUGGAUCUAUCUGUUAAUCUGGCUACUCUGGAUCGUCCUGCCUAUUAAGACCGGAGUAGUGCACAGUUAUGCAGAUAAACAGAGGUACGAUGGAUGGUACAACAAUCUGGCUCAUCCGGAUUGGGGAUCGAUUGACAGCAGGCUGAUACGAAAGAUGCCAGCAGCUUAUUCUGAUGGAGUUUACAUGUUGGCUGGCCAGGAUAGACCGUCUCCAAGGAAGCUUAGUCAGCUUUUCAUGCAGGGUGACGAUGGUCUGUCAUCCGUUAAAAAUAGGACAGCACUAUUUGCGUUCUUUGGGCAACUGGUCACGUCGGAGAUAAUCAUGGCCAGCGAAAGUGGCUGCCCCAUAGAGUACCAUCGAAUCGACGUGGACAAAUGUGAUCCGGUUUUCGACAAGGAGUGCCAAGGUAACAAGUACAUUCCCUUCCGACGGGCGGAUUACGAUCGACAAACCGGACGCAGCCCUAAUAGUCCUCGUGAACAGAUAAACAAAGUGACGAGCUGGAUCGAUGGUAGCUUCGUUUAUUCGAGCAGUGAAGCGUGGGCGAAUACCAUGAGAUCGUUUAAAAAUGGGAGCCUCCUCAUGGAACCAACCAGGAAAUUCCCUGUAAGGAACACGAUGCGUGCUCCACUUUUCAAUCAUGCUGUUCCACAUGUUAUGAGAAUGCUCAGCCCGGAACGCCUUUAUCUUCUUGGAGAUCCACGAACAAAUCAACAUCCUCCACUAUUGGCUCUGGGAAUAUUAUUUUAUCGGUGGCACAAUGUGAUUGCUGCUCGUAUUCAACUGGAGAAUCCGAGUAUGUCCGAUGAGGAUAUCUUUCAGAAAGCAAGACGUGUUGUUAUAGGGACGCUUCAGAAUAUCAUUUUGUACGAAUAUAUCCCUAUACUUUUGAACGAGGAUCUGCCACCUUAUACAGGAUACAAGUCGGAUCUUCAUCCUGGCAUCAGUCACAUAUUUCAGAGUGCAGCUUUCCGGUUUGGGCACACUUUGAUACCACCUGGAUUGUACCGUCGAGAUGAAAAUUGCGAAUACAGAAGAACAAAUACUGACCAACCUGCGAUUAGACUCUGUUCCACCUGGUGGGAUUCUAAUGAAGUUUUAACUAAUAGUACAAUUGAAGAACUUCUCAUGGGUAUGACCUCGCAAAUAGCAGAGAAAGAGGACAAUCUUCUUGGCACUGAUAUCAGAAACAAUUUAUUUGGGCCCAUGGAAUUUUCAAGACGAGAUUUAGGGGCUUUGAACAUUAUGCGAGGCAGAGACAACGGGCUUCCAGAUUAUAACACAGCCAGAGCACAUUUCAAACUACCACGAAAAAAGACUUGGAACGAAAUCAAUCCAGAAUUGUUUAAUAAAAAUCCUUCGUUAUUGCGUACGUUAGUCGAAAUCCAUUCAAAUAAUUUGAACAAUAUGGAUGUUUAUGUCGGCGGGAUGCUGGAGUCUAGUGCAGGCCCUGGAGAACUUUUUUCUACUGUGAUAAAAGAGCAAUUUCUUCGUUUGAGAGAUUCUGAUAGAUUUUGGUUUGAAAAUGAAGAGAAUGGAAUUUUUACAAAAAGCGAGAUAGCAGAUAUUCGCCGAAUUACUUUAUGGGAUGUAAUAGUAAACGCGACAGGAAUACCAGCGAACGCGAUUCAGAGAAAAGUAUUCACUUGGGAGGAAGGAGAUCCCUGUCCCCAACCCUAUCAAUUAAAUUCAACGAUGUUAGAACCCUGCGUCCCGUUACAACGUUACGACUACUUUGAGGGAAGCGAGCUGGUGUACAUAUACGCCUGUGUUUUUCUCGGGUUUGUACCGAUUCUCUGCGCCGGUGCCGGUUACGGUCUGGUCAAGCUUCAGAACCGGCGAAGAAGACGAUUGAAAAUUCUCCAAGAGGCGAUACAAAAAAGAAACGAUGGUAAGAUCUGCGUGGACAAGAUGAUCGUGCGCGAAUGGCUACACGCGAAUCAUCGUCGUUUGGUCAAAGUGAAAUUUGGGCCGGAAGCGGCUCUGCACAUCGUCGAUCGCAAAGGCGAGAAACUGCGCACAUUUGAUUUCAACGACGUUAACACGGUCACGAUGGAAGAAUCGCAGGAGAAUGAAAAUGGUCAUCGUAAGCCACUGGUUCUGUUGAGAAUACCGCGAGACUACGACCUUGUCCUUGAACUGGAUUCACUGGCCUCGCGUAGAAAGUUCAUUGCGAAACUGGAGGCAUUUCUGGCGUCCCAUAAGAAGCACUUCACACUGUCCCAAGUGAGCCGGGACAUUAUGCUUGCAAAAGCGGAAACGAAGGAACGCCGUCAGAAAAAAUUGGAACAAUUCUUUAGGGAAGCUUAUGCUUUGACGUUUGGUUUACGACCUGGUGAAAGGCGGCGACGAUCCGAGGAUAGCGACAGCGGUGAAGUCGUUACCGUGAUGAGGACGUCGCUUUCUAAAAGCGAAUUUGCGAGUGCGCUUGGAAUGCGUGCGGAUGCGGUUUUCGUGAAGAAAAUGUUUAAUAUCGUCGAUAAGGACAGAGAUGGUCGUAUUUCGUUCCAGGAAUUUUUGGACACUGUUUUGUUAUUCUCGCGAGGAAAAACUGAGGAUAAAUUGAGAAUUAUCUUUGAUAUGUGUGACAAAGACUGUAAUGGUGUUAUCGACAAGGAAGAAUUAUCAGAAAUGCUUCGAUCCUUGGUAGAAAUUGCACGUACCACCAGUCUGUCGGACGAUCAUGUCACAGAAUUAAUCGAUGGAAUGUUUCAAGAUGCCGGACUCGAGAGAAAGGAUUACCUUACAUAUAACGAUUUCAAGUUGAUGAUGAAAGAAUACAAAGGCGAUUUCGUGGCAAUCGGUCUUGAUUGCAAAGGCGCGAAGCAAAAUUUUCUCGACACAUCAACAAACGUAGCUCGCAUGACGAGUUUCCAUAUUGAUCAACUUCCACCUGAGGACUCAAAGACUUGGGCUCAAAAACAGUGGGAUGCCAUUUCGACAUUUCUCGAGGAAAACCGACAGAAUAUUUUUUAUUUAUUUGUUUUUUAUGUCACAACCAUUGCUUUGUUCGUUGAAAGAUUUAUAUAUUACUCUUUCAUGGCUGAACAUACGGAUUUGAGGCAUAUUAUGGGAGUUGGAAUCGCCAUAACUAGAGGAUCUGCAGCAGCUUUGUCUUUCUGUUAUAGUCUGCUUCUUUUGACCAUGUCUCGCAAUCUUUUGACUAAACUUAAAGAAUUUUCUAUUCAACAAUAUAUUCCACUCGAUUCACAUAUACAAUUUCAUAAAAUUGCUGCGUGCACUGCAUUGUUCUUUUCCGUUUUGCAUACCGUGGGGCACAUGGUUAAUUUUUAUCAUGUGUCCACUCAACCAUUAGCUCAUCUUCGAUGUUUGACCAGCGAACUUAGCUUCCCAAGCGAUGCUCGGUUGACCAUUUCGUUUUGGCUUUUUAGAACUGUAACAGGUUUGACUGGAAUUUUAUUAUUUAUUGUAAUGACAAUAAUAUUUGUUUUUGCUCAUCCAACUAUUCGCCAGAAAGCAUACAAAUUUUUCUGGUCUACGCAUAGCUUAUACGUGGUAUUAUACGCAUUGUGUUUAAUACACGGUUUGGCCCGUUUGACUGGUUCUCCACGAUUUUGGAUUUUCUUUGUUGGACCUGCCAUUAUUUAUUCUUUAGAUAAGGUAGUAAGUCUUCGUACUAAAUAUAUGGCGUUGGACAUUAUCGAAACAGAAUUACUUCCUUCCGAUGUAAUUAAAAUCAAAUUCUACAGACCGCCAAAUUUGAAAUAUUUAUCUGGUCAAUGGGUUCGUCUUUCCUGUACCGCCUUUAGAUCAAACGAGUUUCAUUCGUUCACUCUUACUUCCGCACCGCAUGAAAACUUCUUAUCAUGUCAUAUUAAAGCGCAGGGACCAUGGACUUGGAAACUUCGUAAUUAUUUUGAUCCUUGUAAUUAUAAUCCAGAGGAUGAACAUCCAAAAAUAAGAAUAGAAGGACCGUUUGGAGGUGGCAAUCAAGAUUGGUAUAAAUUUGAAGUUGCUGUAAUGGUUGGUGGAGGUAUUGGUGUCACUCCCUAUGCCUCUAUGUUAAAUGAUCUCGUGUUUGGAACCUCUACCAAUAGAUAUUCUGGAGUAGCUUGUAAGAAGGUUUAUUUCUUAUGGAUUUGUCCAUCACAUAAACAUUUUGAAUGGUUCAUCGACGUACUCAGAGAUGUCGAGAGGAAAGAUGUUACAGAUGUGUUAGAAAUUCACAUAUUCAUUACACAAUUUUUUCACAAGUUCGAUUUACGUACAACUAUGCUGUAUAUUUGUGAGAACCACUUUCAAAGAUUAUCUAAAAAAAGUAUAUUUACUGGAUUAAAAGCAAUAAAUCAUUUUGGUCGACCGGAUAUGACUUCAUUUCUAAAAUUUGUUCAAAAGAAGCACAGUUAUGUUAGUAAAAUAGGAGUAUUUAGUUGCGGGCCUCGACCAUUGACGAAGAGCGUGAUGUCAUCCUGUGACGAAGUGAAUAAAGGUCGUCGUUUACCCUAUUUCAUUCAUCACUUCGAAAACUUUGGCUAGUCUGAUCAAUAUUAUUAAUGAAGGAAAAAUAGAAGAAGAAAAACGAUGGAUUCUAUCGUGAAUUUCAUGCAAUUCCAUCAAGUGUACAUAUUUAUGCGCGUACGCUUAUUUAUAACAAGUAUUAUAUUUCUUAUUUAUAAUUACAAAAAAUGAAAGAAUAUUCCUUUGUUCAGUCACGUUUUGAAAUGUCAGUAUGAACGAAUCAUAUCAAUUUGUUUCAUUCUGAUAUUGAUAAUCAGAACUGAUUAAAUUGAGGAAGAGAAUUUUUAAGAAUCAUUCAUGAUUCUUAAGACAUCUCCCUUGAGUUUAGAUAUUUUUUUUUAGAUAUUUUUUAAAUGAUUAAAUUUAUUUAAUUGUUUGCAAUUUAUUAAGAAAAUUACAAGAAAAUAUUUUAUUAUAAAUCAUUAUUUAUUCCUUUCCUUUCUCCAUUUUAGAGCUAAAUUUAUAGUUUUAAAUGAACUAAAAACUUCUGAAAUGUUGAGGAAUUUACUAACAAUAAAAGGAUAAAUAUAAAUAAUAAUUACAAAAAGAGAUUAGCCAUUGAUAGUUCUACGAGAAGAUGAUGGAAAUGGAUAAGACCAAUUAUUUUUUGAUGAAUCAUUAGAUUCAUGAUGAAAUUCUGAAGAUUCAUGCGAUGUAUAUCCUCGAUUUAUCACACCUUGUGAUUCCUCCUUGAUAUCAUGUCUAUUUUGCAACUUUGACGAUAAUUGACUGAAAUCAUAUAAGUUUCAUUCAUUUAAUAAAUCUUAAAACAUAUUAUUUUAUUGAAUAAGACAAUUGAUCAGAGUAAAAUGGAACCUUAUUAUACGAUCACCAAAUGAAUCCUCUAUUUUAGGUAGUCUGCGUCUGAUAUUCCUCGUGUCGAAACUUUCUUCUAUAAUAACAUGUCUAUCAUACGGCGUAUCAUAAUCAACUUCUAAUAUGGUGGAAAAUUGAUGAGGAAAAAUCAUGUCUAUUGCUGUUAUCACCACUCCAGCGAAUAAACAUCCGAUACCUAAAGAAAAAUUCACUUCCUGAAGAUCCAAGAUCCUAUCCCACCAAAUUCUAUGAUAUAUUUAAAAUAUAAGAGAGCUAACCAGCUAAUAAAACAAGCCAAUAAUUCCAUCCUAAAUUAAAAGCAAGAAUGGAACCGUCUACAUGUGCUAUCAGAGGCUCGCAAGGUAAAAGUGCCCAGUAAACUAAAUUCGUGAUUAACAUACAUAUCCCUGUAAAGAUCAUUCCAUAAGCGCCGUAUCGUGGCACUACUAUUAAUAACAGAUUCAUCAUGGCCCAAGAGGCAAAGGACGUCCUAAAAAAAUAUAAUUAGUCAAUGUAAAUAAAAAAGAAAGAUACAAUCAGGAUGAAAGAAUGAAUUAAGUGUGACUCAAUGCUAAUGGUAUUUCGUCGAGACAUACCAGAGCAUGAGCGAUGCGUAGUAGCCAGCCUGCCGAUACUUGCUUCCCCAGGAGAAACCUUCUUGGUGAAGACUAAAAUAUUCGGCUAGAGAAACGAUAGGAAAAGGUGCUCCCUGAUUCAAAGCUUGUUUGAAAGCGCUUGUCAUCUCUCCUGUGCUUCUCCACCAAAAUCUUUCAUUGUAUUCUACGUCGUCCAUUGGAUUUUCACUACUUGGUAACACUAUAUAUGGAAAUUAAUUAAAAUAAUGAAGGAGAAUAAUUUGUAGUUUAAUUGAAAAAUUAAACUAGAUUUCUUUUUUGCUUUUUUUUUAUACAACAUGUCUUGGAUGUAAAUAAAACUUAAAUAAUUAAUAUAAUCCAAAAAAAAAAAGAUUUUGAACAAUUAAUUGAUUAUGAAAUUAUAUUUGAUUAAAUAUAUUUAAAAUUCAAUUAAAAUUAUUUUAACUGAAACACGUUAUUUAUAACAUCUUUUAUAAUUUAAGAAAUGAUCUUGAAUAAAAUCAAAAUUACUUUGCUGUGUUACGUUUGAAUAUAUCUAAAUCUAUUUUAGAAUAAUUUAUAUACGUCAUUCUUGAUACUUUUUAUAAUCGAAAAAGAGACCUUGAACAAUUGAUUUUGGACGAACAGUAGACUAUUAUAAUCGACUGAAAAGUUUGUUAUAAAUGACUCACAUCUGUACGUGAUGUUUAUGUGCAUCAAACCGAUAUAUCCGCCAAUUUCAGCAGCGGUUUUCUGCCUUGAAAAUGCACUGUACGUGCUGACGAUAGUCGCGGAGCUCGUGUGCCAGGAGGAUCCAUACUGAGCAACUAUAAACGUGGAAAAAUAAGUUAUAUAUAUAUAAUUCAAUGAAAAAAAAAACGCAAUUAAACGUGAUCGAAUAAACCUUGAAUCGAUGCUCCAACAAAAAGGCUCAAGGUCACCGUGAGGAACGUGCUAAAACGCUGUGGACGACACAAAAAAAGUUGUAAUUAAUUCAUAAUUACAUCUAUUGAUAACGUAAGACAAUAAUUUCAAUAAUAGAAGGAAAAAGAUAGAAGCAUUAACCUCUUUUCGUAUCCCAGGAAAUAUGACUAAGAAUGCGGUGAAAAUAGUGCCGAAGACGACGAACACGAUCACCAGAGGAACAUCUCCCGUGACGGGUGUGCGAUUACUAUAACUAUACAACGUGGGUCCACCGUCGAUUCGAAACGCGUCGAACCACCCCUUCAUCUUCUCGAUUCAAUCUUCGACUUCUCUUCGAUCCUGAGGGAACCGGCUAGUUCCGGUUCUCUUUGCAAACCGCUUGGCAUCAGUGGCUUUCCCUGAACAUUCGACAAAAUGGAACGAAAAACGAAUCCAGCUAAAUACAAAACUCUAAUAAUAAAUUGAACAUUGAUGCAACCAAAGUUCUUUUAGAAUUAUACCUUAGGUCGCCUCUGGCUACCAAUGUCCAAGGACGAUUAAUUGUGAAACCAAGAUACACACAAAACGAGCAUCUGAGCCAUCAACAUGGAAGGCACGAAGGCAGCGCGAACACUAAGGCCCACAGUAGGUUAACGGGUCUUCGAAAGCGAUCUCCAGUCAUGGAGCGUAGAGGGGACUGAGAGUUGGUUAUUCAAGAGGGGAGUAUGAAAGAGAAAGACGGCCAGGUGGGGCUGAGUAAGGAAUCGGCCACCACCACCCAUUCCAAGUGGCCGAGGUGAAGAGGGACAAAAGAUCGGCGAUCGAUGAUCCCGGAUGACGACACGAGACGUGACACGUGAGCGUGGAUCGCGAGGUAUGCUCGAUGGCAUGCGGGAGACUUCGAUGGCUGCACGAACAGUGACGUUGCUUAGCUCUCCGGAAACUUUUUCGUGUUUCAUCACAUGUAUACCUGAAAUAAAUCAUAGUGAAAAGAAACCACGUUAGAUCUUUUGUUUGUUGAUCUAAGAAACUGCCGGCUAGAACCGACAAACUCUCCAACCGAACUCUCACCUGACUCACAUCCUCCUAUUCACAAUAAAAGCAACCCACGGAAUGCUGGUCAACGGAGUUACUGGAACGUAAAAUCCCGGAUACGAGCUACCGUUUUUCAUUGAUGCGGCUACGGCCAGGUGUGCCGAUCGCACGAGAUGUUGAAGCAUCAACUCCACAAAGGCGACGGUGUUUCAUAGGCGUGAGGGCAGUGCCAAGAGGUGGACACGCGCGUAUCCGUGUCCGGUACCGGAAGUAGCCGCGUAUACCGCGAUCACGACGUGCACGAUAGCGAGGUAUGCGUCCAGGCUGGUCCAUAGUGCCGGCAAUAACUCGGCUGCUAUUUCAGGAGGUCUAAUUCGAGCCGGGUGACGGUAAGCUUUUAACGGCAGCGCUGCUAGCAUCAUCCACCGUCGACAGUGCCACCACCACCUAUGGCACCUCCACCACCACCAGCACCGCCGACGACGACGAUAACCACCGGAACGAAGAGUCUGGUGGCAGAGAGGCUGUUCCUCGCGCAGUCUCCCGUGCGCGUAGGCCCCCAAUACACCGACACUGCUCCUCUGACCCUUCAAGGUAAACCAUAUAAUCUCUUUUGCCUUCUAAUUGACCCGGUGCUGACAAGUGAUGGCGAUGUUGUUGCGAUCUUUUUACCGUGAGCAACGAUCACGUGUAGUUCGAUGAGCAAAAUUAAAAAUGUAGUUGUUAAACUGUAAAGAAAAGUUCACCGGUAAAAAUUCGCAACGACGUACCAUCGCAUAUUCGUUCGCAAUGGGUCCGAAUAAUCGAACGCUUUGUCAUUUUUCAUCAAUCUCUGUGGAAUAUCCGAGCUUCCUUCUCGUCCAUGGUUUGAGACGUGCAUGUUGAGGAAUAAAAAAAAAUGGACAGUAGAGUAAAAUAAUAAGGAAAGGGAUGGAAGAGAUCGUGAUUUCGACAGAGAAUUUAAUUGGUUUAAAAUAGAGCAACAGUUUUAAAGCGGAAGAAGACCCGCCAAGAAAGAGGGACUCGUCAUCGCAUUGCAAUCGAUUCCGUUGUGUCGUGUGCUCUUGACGAUUGAAACGCGUUUGGAUUCAUCGUUAACGCGUACGUUGCCAAAAUCGGGCAGCUUUCGAGCAACAAACCGCCCGUUUGGCAGACGUCCACGAAGAACAGACCGUGUGGCCGAUCGCCUCGAAUUUGAUCGCUUGUAAUAGGCAGUGGAAACGGAAGGUCGCGAAAGAUAUGCGUAUUUUGAUUAACCUAUUAAGAAUCAAGCAGUGAAAUAAAUGCAUAAAUGUUGUACAAACGCAAUGUUAAUCAUAGAAUCGAAUGUACUAAUAAUUAAUGUGUUGUUUUAUCCAGAUAAUAGAUUAAUGGAUAUGGAAUGUCCUUUUUCAAAUAAGAUUUCAUGUAUUCUUACUUUUCUUUUUUAUCAUCAUAUAUUUAAAAUAAUUUCUACACAUUUUUCUCAAUGAUUAAUUAAUUGUUACUUCAAAUAAGAAUUUAAAAAUUUCCUUGAAUGCUAUUCUUAAAGUUUCUUUUAAAAUGAUUAAUAUUCGUCUUCUUCUCCUUUAAAUUUUUAUUUUCUUUGAAAAUAAGGAUUUUCCUUUUUUCAUAAGGAAAAUCUAAAUUUAUAUGACAAAUUUGUUUCAUUUAUAUUAGCAAAGAAAAAUAAUUAAUUAUUUCUUUGAAUAAGAGACGAGUAAUGAUGAAAAAAAUAAAACAAUUUCAUAAAUGUCAAAAGAUAGAAUUCGAUAAUGUAAAAAGAUUGGAAGAGAGAUUGCAAAUCGAAUUUAGAAAUAGUAAAUACUAGAUUAAUUCAACUGGUUGGUCUUUAAUGGGUUAAUAAAUUUGCUAAAGCUCGAGGAAGGCCGAUGAAGGUGCUUUCUCGAGGUGGUAUCGAGAGCCGUCUACCACGGUGAAACUUCUCCGAACUAUUUAUAAAGCAAUACAGCAACUCAUGGUAGGACGCAGUUGCCUAUCAUGGUCGUCUCGCGUGCAAAGCAAACUGACCGGAACUUUCGCCCGCUUUCUCACCCUCGAUAGAACCAUCGUCUAACUACACGAGAAGAGUAAAUGUUGUUCGUUUCCUAUCUUAAAGGAUUCUUGCUGAAUAAUGUUCUUGCCUGGAUGUCAUUGACAUCAGUUUUUCUUAACUUCUAGUGUUAAGAAUAUAUGAAUGUGUGUACGUGAUGGAAUGUGUUGGAAGUAGGAGAGACUAUAUACCUCCUUUCAUAAGUAUUGAGACAUUUAUGAACGAAUGAGGUAAAAAAUUCUGAAAAAUCAAAUAAAAUAAUAAAGAAUUUGCAUGCACUAUUAUAAAUUAUAAAUUUGUAUGUAAUUAAAAAUUUUAAUCAAGUAAAAAAAGUAUCAAAAUAAUUAUUUUUAUACCAAUAAUUCAAAUAUUGCAAAUUUUUGAAAAAAUAAAUUGUAUUACUAUUAUGAUAAAUGAAUGAUAUGUAUUAAUUAUAUCCUAAAUAUUUUCACUGAUUAAUCUUCUGUAAUCUGAGAUCAAUUAUAUCAUUUUGUAUAAAAAUUCGCAAGUAUCUUAAUAUUUAUAACAGGAAAUAUAAAUAUAUGUUUCUCAUUGAUUAAAAAACAAUUGUUUUUGGCUAAGAAGUAUAUUUCUAAAAGCAGAAAAAAUAAAUGUUUAAUAUACUGUUUAGUAAAAAUUUUAAGAGAUUUAAUAGAUCAAAAUUUUAAUAGAUCAUCAUACGUUAUGCGUAUAUUUCUUGCUAUUAACAAAAUUAGAUUUCUGAAGCUGGGUAUCAUCCAAAGAUUCAUUAUUCCAUUUAAUAAAUAUUUCUUAAAGGCUUGAAACAAAUUUGAAACUUGAAGAAGUAAAAUUGAUCCAAACAUUGUAACAUCUUUAUUAUUACUGGUAUUACUUUAAUUCUUAUAAUUUCAAAAUUCAGAAACUUAAAAAUUCAAAUGAGGUUACUGAAUCUCUUACAGAUUUUUUAAAAUAUAUAUAUACAUACACAAUUUUAAGUAUAGAAACAGUUAAAAUUAUAUUAAAGUUAAGAUAUUUUUCAAUAUUAAAAAUAUUUAAACAAUAUUUAAACGAUCUGACACAAAAAAGAAAUUAAUCCAAAAUAUUCAAUUGUUGCAAAAUUAUCUCAUUUGAAAUUCUAAUGAUUAAUAAUUUAUUUUAUAUUCUUUUAUUAUUAUGAUUCACAAUUAUUCAUAAUUAUUUACAAUUAUAGUCUGCGAUAAUAUACCUAACUAUUUUUACUUUCAUGAAGUUUAUAAAUAGUUUGUCACAAAAGCGCAGAAAGUAUAGAAACUCGUUCGUUCCUCAAAAUAAUCUUUAUGAUCACGUUGUACGAAUGUUUGUCGCUCUUUCCCUACCCUUUUCUUGCUAUUCUAAGGCAUUAACACGAAUAACUUUGCCGAGUGACCAAAAUGUUACCGAACGAUUGGAAUAAUGCCGGAGAAACGUUUAUAAUAUAACACACACACGGAUUUAUAGAUUUUGCGUUGAUCUUUUACGUGAAAGAAAUGAAUGAGUAAACGUGUAUUACGCAAUACUCUUGGAAACAUUUAUUAUGGUAUAGCAACAACUGGAGGAUGUUUGUUUAACUCGAGUUCUAAAAAGAUUCGUAGUUGAUGAUGAUACGAGAAUAAAUGAAGACUAAAACACUUUCAUUCCAACCGAUUUUUCUAUUCUACAUAUGACUUAAAAAAUGAUGUAUAUAAUAUAUAAUAUGUAUAUAAUAUUAAAAAUAUAAUAAUAUUUUUUGUAAAAGUUUUACUUUAAAUAUAUUUUUAAUAAUAUUCUAAUUCAAAUUUCAAGUAAUAAUGAAGAAGAUUUUAUAAUAAUAUACUUCAAUUUAUAUAUAUAUUCAUUUUUCUAUUUAUAAUAUUGAAUAGUUAUAGAAGAGAAUUAUCUCUGAUGUAUCAUAACUUUAGAUAUUAUUUUGUAUUUGUAUUUGUGUAUUAAUUAAAUACAUUGUUUUUGAUAUUUCUCUUA